AGUAAAUCCAAAACAAGCCGAGAUCGCGCUCUUGAUACAAAAAGGACGCUCAGGAACAUCACAACAUGUUUUGUCUUCUCGAAAUAUCUUUGUCCAAUAUUCAUCCUUGACGCCUGAUUCCAGCAUGUGGUUUUACAGAAUCUCCCCAUUGGCAUUUGCCACACUUGCCUUUGGUGAAUCGCAUUACUUUUUCUCCGGUUUUUUCGCGGGUUCGACGAUCGUAGGAGUGACGUUUGACGACGCAACCUCCACUCUAAGUCUAGUGAACAACAUCACUACUCAAGCCACUUCGGGGUCAAAGUGGAUUGCCAUUGAUGCACGCAAACAAAACAUCUAUGUCGCAACUACUGGCGCUUUCCAAAGCUAUGCCAUUACAGCGAACAAGAGUCUGGAGUUCUCAACAGAGAUCGCCCUCUCGUCUGAUUGUCAGAACGCCAACUACCUUACCGCUGCAUCUGCCUCAAAUUACACGGUUUUCGGUACUCCGUAUAGCACUGGUUGCUCCACACAGGCCGUUUCAGUGGAUGAUUCGGGAGCAUUGAAGAUGGUAACAGCGAAUCUGACUUACAACAGCAAGGCUGGCGUGCAUGGCAUCGACCUGAGCCCUGAUAAUGCCUUCGUGUAUUCCGGAGAUGACAUGGGCAACGCUGUAUGGGUUCACUCGUACGACCAGGAAACACAGACUGCAACAGAGAUUCAGUACCUUGCUGCUCCUUCCGGGGCAAACCCGCGUCAUCUUGCGGUGCAUCCAAAUGGGGAAUGGGUCUACGUCAUCUAUGAAGAGGCAAACUCGCUCGCUAUAUAUAAGAGAGAUAACUUCACUGGUCUCUUGACGGACACAAACACGACAUACUCUCUCCUUCCAUCAAACAUCACAGAUCUAUCCUCCUACUGGUCUGACGAAGCGAAGUUCUCCAUCCCGUCUACCAACAGCAGUACUACAUCGCCAAAAUAUUUGAUCACUGGUACACGGUCUCAUUCGACAUCCAUACUUGGUUAUACCUCAGCUUUCGCACUUGACCCCAUUACUGGUGCAAUCACAGAGCAGCUGUUCAUUACACCCACCACUGGUAGCGGCGGAUCAGCAAACGCUGUUUCGCCCGCGCCAUUCAGUGAGGAGUACUACGCAAUCACUGAUAGCGGCUCCAAUUUCCUAGAGAUGUGGAAGAUUGGCGAUGACGGCAAAAGUGCUGCAGCAGUUGCUCAUUUGGGACUCAAUGGUGCGCCUGCAAAUGUGGUUUGGACGAACUAAAACAGUACGAGAAGUGAAGGACUCCGUGAAGUCAGAUCACUAGUGUACAACAUUGUCAACUUCCUCGAGUUCUUUUCCGGCAAUUAGAUUAGACAGGGGCUAGCUCAAGACCUCAAGGCAUCUACGUAUCUGCAUUGCAAUUUACCAAAUCAACACACUCAUUUAUG